CUGGAAGGCUCGGCAGCACAGGUGCAUCUUAUUAGCCGAGAGGCUGCUGCAGAGCGAGCGGGCUUCUGAGCGAUUAGAAAAAUGCCGGACGGUUCAGGCGUUCGCUGUUUCCAAGGCAUCCUCAUCUUCGGGAACGUCGUAGUCGGGCUGUGCGGACUCGCGCUGACCGCCGAAUGCAUCUUCUUCGUCUCAGACCAGCGGGAACUUUACCCCCUGCUGGAAGCCACCGACAACGAUGACAUCUACGCGGCCGCCUGGAUCGGCAUUUUUACCGGCUUCAGCUUCUUUUUGUUGUCUCUCCUGGGAAUAUAUGGCAUCAUGAAGUCGAGCAGGCGGGUGUUGAUGGCGUACCUGAUCCUGAUGUUCAUCGUCUAUUGCUUUGAAGUGGCCUCCUCCAUCACCGCAGCGACGCAAAGAGAUUUUUUCACCCCCGAGCUAUUCCUGAGACAGAUGCUGGAAUUUUACCAGAAUAAAGACAUCAUCAACAAUGACCAUCGCUGGAAAGUAGAAGGAGUGACCAGGACCUGGGACCGCCUCAUGCUCUGGAACGAUUGCUGCGGUGUGUACGGCCCCCAGGACUGGCAGAACUACAACUCCGCGUUCCGGAGGCAAAACAGCGACUCCGAGUUCCCCUGGCCUCAGCAGUGCUGCGUGAUGAACAACCUGGCGCAACCGUCAAACCUCUUGGCCUGCCGCGUAGGGGUGGAGGGAUACCUGAAAAUGAACGGCUGCUACGACCAGAUCGCCGGCCCGAUGUCCCGUCACGCCUGGGGCGUCGCGUGGUUUGGGUUUGCCAUUUUAUGUUGGACGUUUUGGGUUCUCCUCGGCAGCAUGUUCUACUGGACUCGCAUUGAGUAUUGAAGAAGACAACUGACUCCCCGCUUCUUGGAAUUUUUUUUUUAAACGAAGGUCUCCGGCGUGUGCUGGGCCAGUAUGGGAAAUAAAAAUCCUUUCCAAAAUCCCAGCUGUUCCCUCUGGCUCUGAAAGUUUUGGUGCAUGGACAUCUUUUUAUUGGGGGGAUAUAGGAAGUUACCGACCGACGGCCCGUAUUUUUGUAAAUGGAUCGCUUUCUCGUAAUCUCUGCCUUUUUUUAGAGGCUGUGCUGUUCUAGAACCCGUUUCAGGUCGCAGCCGGGUGCAGCGUAGUCUUCAAUCAGUUGCCAACGUGGCUUGUAAGAUUUUUCGUGGGUCCGGAUUUAUGGAUCGCUUUGUCCGUGUUUUUUGCUUGUUUUUUUUUCCCCCUUUCUAGUUAUGUUUUAAUGAGAUAUUGUCACACUACUAUCCUAAUAUUCAAUUUUUAUUUUAUUUUUAAUUGUGGAUUAAAGUAUAUAGAAUUAAUGUGAAUUAAGAUAAUUACAGUAAUUGCAUAUAUAUA